UCCAAUUCUGCGUUCUAUUCGAUCCACGCCCCGCAUCACAGUCGUCCACUCUCACUCCUUCCCACCUCCGGCGAUGGCCGGCCGCCUCCACGGCGCCGCCGCUUCCUCGCCCCUCCCCCGCGUGCUCCUCCUCCUCGCGGCCCUCGCGCUCUUCUCCCUCUCCUUCCUCUCCCUCCGCUCCCUCCGUCCCGCCGCCGCCCUCGGCAAAUCCCGCUCCCUCCCGCCGCUCUCCUCGUCGGUGUACCACUCCUCCGAGGCGUUCGCAGCGGGGUACGCGGAGAUGGAGCGGAGCUUCAAGGUGCACGUCUACCCGGACGGCGACCCCAAGACGUUCUACCAGACGCCGCGCAAGCUCACGGGCAAGUACGCCAGCGAGGGCUACUUCUUCCAGAACAUUCGCGAGAGCCGGUUCCGCACCGAGGAUCCCGAACGAGCGGACCUCUUCUUCGUCCCCGUCUCGCCUCACAAGAUGCGCGGCAAGGGUACUUCGUAUGAGAAUAUGACUGUGAUAGUUAAGGACUACGUAGAAGGCUUGAUAAACAAGUAUCCUUACUGGAACAGGACGCUAGGCGCAGACCACUUCUUUGUCACCUGCCAUGAUGUGGGUGUGAGAGCAUUUGAAGGACAUCCAUUCAUGGUGAAAAACUCUAUUAGAGUUGUCUGUUCGCCAAGCUAUAAUGUUGACUUCAUACCACAUAAGGAUGUUGCUCUUCCUCAAGUGUUACAGCCGUUUGCUCUACCCGAAGGAGGAAAUGAUGUUGAGAACAGGACAAUUCUUGGAUUUUGGGCUGGCCAUCGCAACUCCAAAAUAAGAGUUAUUUUGGCACGAGUAUGGGAGAAUGACACAGAGCUUGCUAUCAGCAACAACAGGAUAAGUAGAGCUAUUGGAGAGCUAGUUUAUCAGAAGCAGUUUUACCGUACUAAGUUCUGUAUCUGUCCUGGUGGCUCUCAAGUUAAUAGUGCCCGUAUUACCGACUCAAUACACUAUGGUUGUGUGCCUGUUAUUUUGUCAGACUAUUACGACUUGCCUUUCAAUGAUAUUCUUGACUGGAGAAAGUUUGCGGUUGUACUUAAAGAGAGAGAUGUAUAUCAACUAAAGAGUAUUCUGAAAUCUAUAUCGCAGGAAGAAUUUGUUUCAUUACACAAAAAUCUAGUUCAGGUUCAGAAACACUUUGUGUGGCAUUCACCCCCUGUUCCCUAUGAUGCAUUCCACAUGGUUAUGUAUGAACUGUGGCUGCGGCAUCAUGUGAUCAAGUACUAAAGCCUAUGGACAUGUGAUUGCUUACCUAAUUGUCUGAUCCAUCAGAAAGAUAUCAUCAAGUCUGACAGCUUGCUGGUGCUACCCUGAAUAUGUCCUUUCACACUUUGCUCACGGAACCUGCAUCUGGAUGGGUCACUGAAUAUAAUGGGUAGUGAAGCACAGUACAAUGGAGAGCAUCUGCAUGAAAGGAGGUCAUCGUCGAGCAUAUAUAGAGUCCCAGUUAAUAGGCUGAUUAGUUAAUUCUUUUUACAACAGUUAUUUAUUUCCCAUAUUGCAGUCUUUUUUUUGUCACUGAAUUUCUUUCUAUCUCACGGAUUUGCAUGCUUAACCCAUGUGCAUUCACAUGUAAAUUUUGUGGUCACUCUUGUAAAGUAAUGUACGAUAGAAUUUAUGAGAAACAGAGCUUAUUCCA